AAAACCUCAGUGUCUGACCUCGCCGGUGAAAGAACCCUAGAAUUCCCAUUUUUUCCAGGUCUCACAUCAAUUAUUGCAAUGGCUGUGACAUUCUAUGGUGUCAACUCAGACUCUGGCCUCAAGAAGCUUGAUGAGUACCUCCUGACUAGGAGUUACAUCAGUGGGUACCAAGCUUCAAAGGAUGAUAUCACUGUUCAUGCAGCUCUUUCAAAGGCUCCAUCAUCUGAAUACGUGAAUGUCUCUAGGUGGUACAACCACAUAGAGGCACUUUUGAGGAUUUCUGGUGUAUCCGGGGAAGGUUGCGGUGUCACUAUUGAGGGAUUUGCUCCUGUUGAUGCAGUUGCUACUCCUCCUGCUGAAGACACUAAGGCUGCAGCUGCCGAGGAUGAUGAUGAUGAUGACGUGGAUCUGUUUGGUGAAGAAACUGAAGAAGAAAAGAAGGCUGCUGAAGCACGAGCAGCAGCUGUCAAGGCUUCUGGAAAGAAGAAAGAGUCUGGCAAGUCUUCAGUUUUGUUGGAUGUGAAACCAUGGGAUGAUGAGACUGACAUGAAAAAGCUUGAGGAAGCAGUACGUAGCAUUAAAAUGGAAGGGUUAUUAUGGGGAGCAUCCAAACUUGUACCAGUUGGAUAUGGUAUAAAGAAAUUGCAGAUUAUGCUUACCAUUGUGGACGACUUGGUUUCUGUGGACGACCUUAUUGAGGAACAGUUGACUGCUGAACCCACGAAUGAGUAUGUCCAGAGCUGUGACAUUGUAGCCUUCAACAAGAUAUAAUUUGAGGAUUCUGCCGAGGUUUUGGGGAGUGCACUACUGCAGAAUGAUCAUAAUAUUAUCUUUUCCUUUUAUUUUUCCUCAAAGACAUGUUUCGAGUGUUCAGUUAUUUAACAGCUGAUUAAUGAUAUGUUUAGACCGAUGGUGUCUUGAUAUAGUUUUGGUAUAAGAACUUGCUCUAUUCAGCCAUAUGGUCGGGACAAAA